AUGGCGCACUCAGCGAUUCGACGCUUUCGUCUCCUCAGACCAACUCCUAUCUUUCAAUUAUUCACCCUUACCCACUUCAACACAACAACUCGUCGCAUACUCAUAGAUGCGACUCCACCAGUCGGUCAUCGCUGUCGUCCUCCAUCCAAGACCAGGAAGUAUCUUCAACAACAGCUAAUCAGGAGUGAGAUGGGAUUGGCUAUAGUGGAGGUAGAAUUGAAGGCAUUCCUGCGUGUAGACAAUUUUGUUCGCCUUCAGGAAGGGUUCUGUGUCCCUGUUUUUCAGCUGGAUUGGGUUCUGACUCCUGCUAAAGAUGGUAUGCAUAGCAUCUGUAGUUGUGUUUCUCAAGGCCACCAGGACGUUACAAUAACUGCGCCACACCUUCUGACAAUACAGGGUCUUAGAGACGUUGGUCGCAAAAAUCUAAACUCGCGCAGCCUCCUCUCCCGAGUGCACCUCUGCACCACCGAUGAUUGGAUAUGCGACGUCUUUCAAAUGGCGGAACAGGCCUGUAUACCAGUAAUGGGUCGUUCUCUCUGUUGUGCCUGUCAUUGCACAGCUUCUGUCUAA